CUCAAAACUAAAAUUAACCUCAAUCUGAAGGGAAUUAUAAAGUAAGUGUGUACUCUGUUCAAUGUUUUACCAAACGUUUGCUCACUAUCAGAGAAAACCGGGUCACCAAUGCCUAUGCCAUCUGAGUUACCAGUGAAGUGUCAUUAUCGGCUGGCAAUGUAGCUGUCACAUGCACAGUGAUCCUAUUUAUGGGUGUGGGCAGCAGCCUGUGGCAUUGUCCUCUGGUUUAUUUGUGCCGGAGCAGUCACACUUCGUAAUACACGUUGCUGUUAAGUACUCUGAGUGUGUUAUAGACAGUGGGCUGUCUUAUGGGAUGAGGGCAUCAAUGCACUGGUUUUGUUUUGAACCGACCUGGGGCAUGUCCUGUUUGCCUGAGGAAUGUGUACCUAACCGAGGGGAUGCUGAAUGUUGAUGAGAAGAGGUGGUUUGCACAAUUUCCACAAGGCUGUUUUGAUAGAUGUCCCCUAACCCUCAUUUCCAGAAGCUGGUCUAGAAGCAGAGGCUAUGGAUGAACAUUCUUGAGGGAGGGGUCCAGGACUCAGCUGCUAGGUUAAUGGCUGAUGGAAUUUGCACAAGAGCUGGGCAAAGCCCAAGGCAGCCAAGACGCAAUCAAGUCAGGGCAGCAUGAGCAGAUCGCCUCCCCAUCCCAUUCCACUUCUAUCUGUGGGCUCCCAGGAUACCCCUGCUCCCCGUCCACCACUGCUACCCCCUCUCCAGGAUCCCUCCUCCCGCUCUUGGGCCUCUUGGUGUGGGCCUUCCACCUGGGGGCUCAGCUGUCUUCUGGCUCUACAGCAUUUCCUGGUCUUGACAUCGCUGCUCUGGGCCUCCCACCUGCUGCUGCUUCACGGCCUUCCCCCGGGAGGGCUCUCAUACCCACCUGCUCAGCUCCUGGCUUCCAGUUUCUUCUCAUGUGGCAUGUCUACGGUCCUGCAGACUUGGAUGGGCAGCAGGCUGCCUCUAAUCCAGGCUCCGUCCCUAGAGUUUCUUAUCCCCGCACUGGUGCUGACAAACCAGAAGCUACCUCUGAUGGCCAAGACACCCAGAAACGGUGAGUGCAGAGUAAAGGUGGCCUCCCUCUCCCUACGUCUGUGUAGUUUGACAAGAAGUUGCCAUGGCCUGGAGCUCUGGAACACAUCUCUCCGAGAGGUGUCGGGGGCAGUGGUGGUGUCCGGGCUGCUGCAGGGCACUAUGGGACUUCUAGGGGUGCCUGGUCGUGUGUUCCCCUACUGUGGGCCACUGGUGCUGGCUCCCAGCCUGGUUGUGGCAGGGCUCUCUGCCCACAAGGAGGUGGCCCAGUUCUGUUCUGCUCACUGGGGCCUGGCCUUGCUGCUCAUCCUGCUCAUGGUGGUAUGCUCCCAGCACUUGGGGUCCUGCCAGGUACCCCUUUGCUCCUGGAGGCCAGCUUCAACCUCUUCAACUCACAUUUAUAUCCCUAUCUUCCGACUCCUUUCGGUGCUCGCCCCUGUGGCCUGUGUGUGGCUCGUCUCUGCCUGUCUGGGUCUGAGUGUUAUCCCCCUGCAGCUGUCUGAGCUCUCCGAUGCACCGUGGUUUUGGCUGCCUCACCCAGGUGAGUGGGAAUGGCCCUUGCUGACACCCAGGGCCCUGGCUGCAGGCAUCUCCAUGGCUUUGGCAGCCUCCACCAGCUCCUUGGGUUGCUAUGCCCUGUGUGGCCAGCUGCUGCAUUUGUCUCCUCCACCACCACAUGCCUGUAGUCGAGGGCUGAGCCUGGAGGGGCUGGGCAGUGUGCUGGCAGGGCUGCUGGGGAGUCCCCUGGGCACUGCAUCCAGCUUCCCCAAUGUAGGCACAGUGAGUCUUUUCCAGACUGGUUCUCGGAGAGUGGCCCACCUAGUGGGACUGUUCUGCAUGGGGCUUGGGCUCUCCCCAAGGCUGGCUCAGUUAUUUACCAACAUCCCACUGCCUGUGCUUGGUGGGGUACUGGGAGUGACCCAGGCUGUAGUUCUGUCUGCUGGAUUCUCCAGCUUCCACCUGGCUGACAUCGACUCUGGACGAAACGUCUUCAUUGUGGGCUUCUCCAUCUUCAUGGCUUUGCUCUUGCCAAGGUGGCUCCGGGAAGCUCCAAUCCUCCUUAACACAGGCUGGAGCCCCCUGGAUAUGUUUCUGCGUUCUUUGCUGGCAGAACCCAUUUUCCUAGCUGGUCUAUUGGGCUUUCUCCUAGAAAACACUAUAUCUGGUACACGGAUUGAGAGAGGCUUAGGUCAGGCACUGCCAACUUCUUUCUCUGCCCAAGAAACUCAAAUGCUUCAGAAGUCCAGGAAGAAAGCCGCUCAAGAGUAUGGGCUUCCUUUGCCCAUCAAAAACCUGUGUUCCUGUAUCCCGCAGCCUCUCCGUUGUCUCUGUCCAAUGCCUGAAGACUCUGGGGAUGAAGGAGGAUCCUCUAAAACAGGAGAGACAGCCGACUUGUUGCCUAACUCAGGGGAGUCAUGCUCUCCGGCUGGCAGAGAAGGGUUUAGGUCCUAGUAAUUACCAAAACCACCAUUUUUGUCUUAGUUUAGCAGUAACUCCCACCUUGUUGGAGUCUCGCCCCCAAGGCCCGCUAGUAGGAUGGGCUUUUUUUCCUCCUCUUAAUAAGACUUGAGUGUUCAGGAGCAGGGGUAUGGUUUAGUGGGUCAGAAGUGAAUAAAUUAGAUUUUUGCCUGUAAACUGCCAAGGUUGCUUGAAUGAACUCUAGCAUUCAAAUAUUUACUGAGUGCUUCCCAAGAGCAAGGUCCUACAUCUACGGAAAUGAAUAUGACAGGGUUCCUGCCCUCUCCCUGCAUUUAAGAUUUAAAUAACUAAAAUGUAAAGCAGAGGACAAUCUAUAAUAAAGAUGAAAAUA